UAAAUAGUUUCAUUAAUUAGCAAUUACUUUCAUGAGUGAGCUGUAUGCAAAUAAAGAAUUAACUGUGCGUUUAGCAAAUUUGAAAUAAGACGUGCACGUGCUUGUCGGGUAAAUAACGCGGAUGAUUUCGUAUUUCGAAAAUUUCAGUGGAACUAAGAAGCAAUAAAAAUAUUAUAUUUUUGGUUGGUGAGGUCAACCACCAAAUAACGGGUGCAAAAUUACCGUCUAAUCGUCAAGUUCUCGCGGUUCUAUUUUUCAAUAUUCGCGAAGUAAAAUUGAUUGUUAGUGAAAGCGCAAAUCUUGCCACUCGUGAGUGCAUUAUAUUCUGGGAAAAGGCUAGGGUACCUACCAGAGUUGUCCCUAAUUGUGUUAAGAAACUUGUGGAUCUUUAUCAAGUCUGGCGAGAGCUGCAAAAAAAUUGCAAGAAGAUACCGGCUUUUCAUAGACGUCGCGAGGAGGAGUUUCAACAGGAUUUGGAUAAUUUAUUCGAUAUCGCACAUGCUGAUGCUCUCAAAAGAAUUAAAAUAGAAGAAGAUAAAAUAUUCUUACAAAAACAGAGAGCCAGGGCGUCCGGGUUGCUUAGCGGGUGUAGACAAAAGUUAGCUAUAAUUGAAGAAAGGGCAAGGCUCAGACAACUAGCAAAAGAAAAAAAUAGACUAAAGCAAAUACCCUUAGAGAGCUUGUUGACAUCUGUAACUCCACACAACAAUAUAACACUCACAGAAUUACAAGAUCAAUUUGCAAGCUCUGAAGAAAGCCUGAACGAACCGCUGCCUUCCACAUCUCAAUCUCUUCGUUUAUUAUCUACGACGACAAAAAGAGGAAGGAAAGAUUUUAUCACGUCUAAAUUGGUUGCAACUUUAAACAGAUGUCAACUCAGCAUUAGAGAUUCUGUUUAUAUAAUUCAGGCUGUAGUAGAAGCACUAGGCCUUUGUUGCGACGAUUACCCAAUUAACAAAUCUUCAAUUCAACGCAUUCGAACACAAAUGAGAAAACAUAGAGCAGAAUCCAUAAAAUCCGAUUUUCAGAAUAACAUGCCCGAAGUAGUUACCGUUCAUUGGGAUGGAAAAUUGUUACCUGGUCUGGAUGUGAAAAGUUCUAAAGAAGAACGCUUGCCAAUUAUUAUUUCAUUUGAAGAGAAGGAACAACUUCUUGCAGUACCGAAAUUAGAAAGCUCUUCCGGCAAAGAACAAGCGAAAGCAGUAUCAAAUGCGCUUAAUGAUUGGAACCUUAAAGAUAAGGUACAAAUAAUGUGCUGUGAUACGACAGCAUCUAAUACAGGCCGCUUGAAAGGAGCUUGUGUGCUUUUAGAGCAAGCAUUAGAGAGAGAAUUGUUACUCUUUGCUUGCCGUCAUCAUAUUUACGAACUUGUGCUCAAAAAAGUAUUUAUAUCAAAGACUCAAGAAGACACUACCAAUCCCGAUAUUCCACUGUUUAAAAAAUUUAAAGAUAACUGGAAGAAUAUUAAUCCUAGUGCUAUCGAAUUAUGCGAUAAUUUUGUCAAACAACAUUUCUGUGACGCGACCAUUAAUGAAUUGGUGACGUUUUUUUACAACGAACUGGGAAAAUCGAUUGUACGAGAUGACUAUCAAGAACUUAUUGAACUCGCCAUUAUUUUUUUGGGAGGAGAUUCUGAAAAUAAAAUUAAAAUCAGGCAGGAGGCAAUGCAUCAAGCACGGUGGAUGGCAAGAGCUAUUUACUCUUUAAAGAUUUGUUUGCUGCAGUCUCAGUUUAAAAUGAAUGUCAAGGACGAACAAGCGCUUAAAGAUGUUUGUUUAUUCAUUGUGACAGUUUAUGUAAAGCCCUGGCUUGGAUGCUGUUUAGCAGUAAAGGCGCCGAAUCAAGAUUUGCGUUUUUUAAAGACCCUGCAAGGUUAAGAGUUGACAAUUUGAGCAAAUUCAGUCAACAACUAUGGUAUUUAUCAGAGGAAGUAACCCUCCAAUCAAUUGUUGACGACGAAGUUGAUAAAAAAACCAAGCUGAAAAUUUUGGCAAACUUACAAAGAGAAAUCUUUGGAAAUUCAAGAAAGGGAACAUAGAAGGAUGAGAUGUCGGUCUCUUUAUAUGAAAAAUCGUUGAGUGAUUUCAUAUCUGUUAAGAGCAAAAAUAUAUUUUCGAGAUUUAAAGUUGACAGCAGUUUCCUUCAGGCAAAUUUAUCUUCGUGGGAAGAAAAUGCCGCCUAUGUGGAAGCUAAAAAGAAGUUUUUGAGCUUAAAAGCAGUAAAUGGCACAGCUGAAAGAGCUGUUAAACUAA